CGGUUACAGAUAAGGGUCGAGGACCCCGAACCCGCACCACUCUGCUCGAUUCCCUUCCCUACUCGACGGCGCCGACGAUUAGAGUGGCCGCCGCAGCCCCUCACGGCGCCGGAGGUCACCGGCGCAACCCCGACGAGUCUUCCUCGUCCGAAGAAGACGCGAUGACGACGGGGUCUGGGCGAGCACCCUCUGGCGCGACGCUAGCGAGGCCGAGGCUCUCCGGAGCCCACGAACCGCGGCGACGGCUGGGGCGGCGGUCGAUGGCGGUGACGACACGCCCGAAGAGACGCCCAAAGCGCCGUGUCACGCGGCUGCUCGAGCCCGCUGCCGUCUCCCGCUGAAUCGGGGCGUUGGCGUUGACGCCCUCCAUGCCGGCUCCAAGGCGGACGACUUCGGAGGCGCCGGUCGGCGCGGAGACGAAGGCGAGCGCCUCCUCCUCGUUCACGAUGGCGCGCAUCGGCACAGGUAUGUAUCCGGGCGGGCCGGCGGUCUCGGCGGCGGGCGUUGGCGUCCACGGCGUGAGCCACGCGGCCCACGGAGGAGAGGUGGUGGAGGCGGAGACCCAGGGGGUGGUGCAGGCGCGGCUGCAGCCCCAUGCACCAUGGAGGCGCUCGGGCCGGCCACUAACCAGGGGUCGAACCCCAUGGGCGCCUGGCCACGGGCGCAGGGAGCACCGUUGUGGGCGCGUCCAGGGGCGAGGAGAGCACCGCGGGGGGCGCGUCCAGCGGCACGGUGGCAGCCAGGAGCACCACGCCAAGUGGCGCGGUGGCGGCCAGGAGCACCACGUCCAGCAGCGCGGUGGCGGCCAAAUCGACGGAUGGCUUGCAUCCGGCGACGGAAACGCUGGAGUCCACCCACUCCAUGGUAGCGACGACGGUAUCGACGACCAUCCUCGCGGAUCAGGCGGAGAAAAAAGGAAACGAGGUUACAUGCCCCUUUAUAUGUCCCGAAGAGACACGACGAUCCCUCGAGCGGGCGUCGGUUCUACGAGAGCGAAGGGAGGCAUCGGUUGCGGGACAAACCGCAACGACGGUUUUGGGCAAGGGGAGAUUUCCCCCUAAUUACAGAAUUAUUUUUAACAAAUAGCAUGCAAGCAUAUGGGUAAAAAUGGAUAUGCAAAUGGACAUGCAAGCA